AUGAUUGCAACAGAUGGUGUUGAUGACUUCCCAUGGUUCUUCAUUUGGAAACCUGAUAUUCCACCAAAGAUAAACUUUCUAGUUUGGUGUGCAUUCCAUGGUAAUUUGAAUACACUUGACAUGCUUCAGUGUAAAGGUAUGGAUGUUUAUAGUUCUUGUGUGCUUUGUGGCGAUAGUCCAGAGUCUAAAAAUCAUCUUUUGCUGCAUUGCAAAAUUGCAAGGAAGAUUUGGUCUGCAUUAACACCCACUGAGAAUUGGUCUUGGGUUUUCCCAGAAUCAAUGAUGGCUUUGGCACAUACUUGGCAAAACAAUCAUCUUUCUAAUUCAGGGAAAGUAGUUUGGGGUCUUAUACCGGCUGCUAUCAUUUGGAUCAUCUGGACGGAAAGGAAUUGCCGCACGUUCGAAGAACAUCACAUUUUCAAGACAGAUGAAGAGUUGUGCGACAGUGCAAAAUCUCUUGUUCUCACUUGGGCUUCAGCUGCUAACAAGAGGGUUCGUCUGAACUUCUCAAAUACUUUGAGAAACUGGGAGUAUGUUUUCUACUGA